UGAGAGGAUGCUGGAUGCUGAGACGGAGCUGCUGGUGGUUCACUUUCUGUCACGCUGAAGUCGAUGCAACACUGACGGAGGGGAAAGAGAGAGGAGAAGAAGAGAUACAACAUCAUCAUCAACAAAAACAACAACAACACAUCUGUCAGGAAGCCUCAGGAUUAGGUGGACGAUGAACAUGUCUGGCGGGCCCCCGGGGGACGAUCUCACGGAUGAGGAGAAGGAGAUCAUCAACAGUGUGCUGGCUCGGGCGGCCAUGAUGGAGAACAUGGAGCAGCAGAGGAUCGAACGUCUCUCCAGUCGCCUGGAUAACAUCAAGAAGACGGCGUGUGGAGAUGGACAGACACAGUGCCUGCUCUGUGGAGCCGCUUUUGGACCGCAGGGGGUCACAGCUGUUCUCUGUGUGCAGUGCAAAAAACACAUGUGCAGCAAAUGUGGGAUUUUCAGCAACAGCAGGUCGAGUCCCAUGUGGCUGUGCAGAAUCUGCAACGAGCACCUAGAGGUCCAGAAGCGUUCAGGAGCAUGGUUCUUCAAAGGAAGAGACCAGCAGAGUCUGCCUGCCCCCCUUCCUCUGUCCAGACCUCGACAGUCGAGCAUCGACAACAGUUCUGCUUCGAUGGGCCAGAACGGAGCUCAGGAACCAACGCAACAUCAGAGAUACGAGCCCGCUGCAGACCCUCCGCAGCAGUCCUCUGGGUCAGAACAAUGGGAGCAGACAGCAAGAACAACAGCUGACAGCUAUAAUGAGAGUCAGACUUGUCCACCGGCUGUAAUGAAGACUGAGAGACAAGUGUUAGCCUCCAAACCGCCGCGGGCAAACGCCCAGCCAGCUGCCCCCACCCCAGCUCCUCCUGCAGAUGUGGAGAACAAGCUCCCAGAGAAGACAGAGACUGUUCCUCCUCCGGUUGUGGAGGAGAGAAGACCUGUUGUCUCUAGCUCCAUUUCAUCAAAUAUUCCUACAGGCAGAAUAAUCCAACCUGUGAAUCCGCCUGUGAACAACCCCCCUCCCACAAAACCCCCACCAGAAAAAAAAGAGGAAGACAACGACGACUACGACUCAGACGACGCCACAACCCUGGGAUCUCUGGAGUUUAGCCUCCUCUAUGAACAGGAGAACCACACCCUGCACUGCUGUAUUAUUAAAGCCAAGGGUUUGAAGCCGAUGGACUCAAAUGGACUCGCUGACCCGUAUGUGAAGCUGCAUCUUCUACCUGGAGCCAGUAAGUCUAACAAGCUCCGUACCAAAACACUCAAAAACACUCUGAACCCAGUGUGGAAUGAGACCCUGGUGUACCACGGAAUUUCUGCUGAUGAAAUGUCACGCAAAACCCUCCGGCUUUCUGUGAGUGAUGAAGACAAGUUUGGACACAAUGAAUUCAUCGGAGAGACGCGAGUCGCCCUCAAGAAACUCAAGUUCGACCAGAAGAAGAACUUCAGUGUUUGCUUGGAGAGAGUGAUCCCGGUGAAGAAAGCAGUAGGAGGACCGGCUCGUGGCAUGGCUCUCUAUGAGGACGAUCUGAAUGAAGGAGAUGACUCAGAGGAGAGGGGCCGUAUCCUCGUAUCACUCACGUAUAACAGCCAGCAGGGUCGUCUCAUCGUGGGCGUGGUUCGCUGUGCUCACCUGGCUGCCAUGGACUCUAACGGAUACUCAGACCCGUUUGUAAAAGUAUGUCUGAAGCCGGAUAUGGGGAAGAAAGCCAAAAACAAGACACAGAUUAAAAAGAAGACUCUAAAUCCAGAGUAUAAUGAGGAAUUCAGUUAUGAAAUAAAGCACGGAGAGCUCGCCAAGAAAACCCUCGACAUCUCAGUCUGGGAUUAUGACAUGGGGAAAUCAAAUGAUUUCAUUGGUGGAUGUCAGCUGGGCAUCCAGGCUAAAGGAGAGUGUCUGAAGCACUGGUACGAAUGCCUCAAGAACAAGGACAAGAAGAUUGAACGCUGGCACGUUCUACUAAACGACAACACGGCCCAGUUUGAGGAUUAAUACCAUCUUCCUCUCCCCUGUGUAUUUUCUUUCUCUGCUGUUCUCCCUGUAGAUUAUUAUCUCCCAGUAAACACAGGUAGACGGGUAAUACCCCCUAGGUUUUAUUUCCCUUUAUAUCAAUGUACAAGCUCCAUUUUCCAACGCUUUUCAGGUGACCAACAUGGAUGUCGACCUUACAGCUCUUUGAGCGACCACCAAACAAAAACAGGAAGUAACAUUUUCACUGAUAUUGUAUCAUAAAUGUAUUAUAUUAAUGAAACCUUACCUAACAUGCUGUUAUGUUGAACAAAGUAACUGACCCUUUGUCAAGCCUCGCCUUUCUAGUUACUGUUGCUUUUUUAGACCAGUGGUUCUCAACUUGGACCCCAAUGGAUGCCACGAGACACUUUGAGGGGGUGGCCAGAUGCCUUAAAACACACAAUUAUUUGCCACUUUUCAUCAAUUUCUUCACAAUUUGGAUGCAUUUUUGCCUCUUUUUUUACCUAAUUUUGCCAAAUUCGAACCCAUUAUCAUCACUUUUUCCCACUGUACCUGAAGGUGGUUGAACACAGCCAUAGUCACUUAAAAAAGUGACCAAAUUUUGUUUAAAGUGGUGAAAAUUGGCAUAAAAAGUAUUAAAAGGGGACUAAAAAGUGGCCUAAAUGGGUUUAAA